AUGCCACUGCACAGUUGGUAUGGUCCAAUGUCCUCUGUCUGUUGAGGGAAGAGCUAAAGGCCGCUGGUUGGUGUUUUUGAAAGGAACCAUGGUCAACUUUAUUGCAAUUGCACGUGAGCACUGGGUGAACAUAUUUGUGCCCAUGGGCUUUGUGAUUGGGUGGUACCUGGACAAACAACAGGACCAGAAGUUGACAGCUUUCAGAAACAGAAGUGCUUUGUAUGGCAGGGAGCUGAAGCCUGGUGAGGAAGUGACCUGGAAGUAGACCACUCCUGCCUGGAAUGUGUCCCGUAAUCUGUGGUGUGAAUGACUGAUGGAUGGACUUCAAAUCAGAUUAUUUAAUGAGAAUCCUGUACCUCUGCUUUUGAGUUGUAUCAACCAGUUGUCUGCAAUCUUUUGAGUUGUAUCAACCAGUAAUAAACAUGCCCUUUCUCAAA